GAACAUUUGUGCGCAACAUGGAGGAUUGAGGACGAAUCGUGGAAUUUGAAAAUUGAAAAAUCGCCGAUUUGUUGUUGAAUUAUUCAUCCAAAAUGCCUGCAAAGCGAAGAGCAGCAUCAGGGAACAAAGGAAAGGCUGCUGAAAUGCCUUCACCAGCGACUGUUUUUCGAAGAUCAAACCGCAGUGCAUCAGCAGCUGCUUCUGCAGCUAUUAGCUCUUCCCCAAUCCAGGCCAAGAAGAGGAAGGCCAGCCCAAGCCCUGCACCAGCUGCCAGGGCAACUUCUGCAGCUAAGAAGGGCAGAAAACAGAGUCCCAGUCCUGACCGAUCAAACAGGCAGUCGAGAGGUAGAGGCGCCACUGCAAAGAAGGAAGAGGCACCAGCUGCUGUGCCCAAAACAACAAGUCGUAGUCGAGGCUCUGUUACACGAGCUGUUGUCCAAGAAGUUGAGGACAAAAAGCCUGAACCAAAAGGUAGAAGCACCUCCCGCUCCAGCAAAGCUAGCACCCCUGCUCCAGCUACGCCAAAGGGAAGAACAGCAACUCCUAAACAGAAAGCUGAGACACCUAAGGGGAAAGCUGUAACUCCCAAACAGAAAGUUGAAACACCUAAACAGAAAUCUACUUCAAGGCAAAGAACAGCAACUCCUAAAAAGCAGGAAACUCCACAGAGCAAAGGAUCUACAAAGAAGUCACCAACUGUUGCAAAAGGUACACCAACUACUGCGAAGAGGUCUCCAACUCCCAAGAAGAAAGAGGCAGCCCCUAAGAAGUCUGAGACAAAGAAAGUGACCCCAAAAGCUGAACCUCCACGUUCAACAUCAAGAUCAAGAAGAGUAAAAUUGGAGGAAGAAAAAAUUGAUGAAAGUGAGAAAAAGGAAGAUACAGAAAUGGAAGGAGAAGAGAAAGUUGUAGCAGAAGAAACAGAGGCAGCUAACACUGACACUCAGGGAAAGGAUGCCAGUGUUAAAGAAGCUUGUGCUACUGAUGAGUCAAUUGAUGAUGAUGUAAAAGAUGAAGAGGAAGAAUCUGGUGAGGAUAAAUCAGCUGAAUCUGAGAGCAAGGAAGCUGAUGACGAAGAUGCUAAAGUUGUUCCAGAGCAAGAUAAAGUUGAAGAGAAAGAACCAGAAGAAGAGUCAGUGGAAGAAGAAGUAACCAAGCCAGUUGAUGAAAAAACUGAUGAUGUUGCUGAGGAAAAAGAAAUGGAAGUUGAUGCUCAAGAAGAUGUAAGUGCAGAUGAAGAUAAAGCAGAUGAAAUAUCAGAGAAAGAGGCACCAGUGGUGAUUGCUGAGGAUAAAUUAGAAUCAAAUAAACCUGAGACUGCAAUCGCCAUAAAUGAUGAUAAUGAUGAUGACAGUAAUGAUGAUGAAGUUGAGUUGGUUUUACAAGAAGUGACUGAUGAAGAAGAUGAAGUUGAGGAUAAUGUAGAAAUAAUCAGUGACACUUCUUCAACGGAUGCGCGCGACGCUAUUGAUAUAAAUGAAGAUUCUGGGGAAGCAGUAGUAGUUGGUGAGGACCAAUCUGGAAGCAAUGAUGUUGAGGUCAUUGGAGAUGGACCAGGAAGAGUGGAUGAAAAAGAGAAAGUCAACUCAACUGUGGAAGAGAUAUCAGAUGAUGAAAAUGAUGCUGAUGAUGUGGAAGAAAUUGGUUUUACUCAGAAUCAGGAUAAAGGUGUAAGCAAUGGAGCACCAGAGAAAAAUGGGGAAGGAGAAGAUGAUGGGAACAGCAAGAAAAGAAAGAUUGAUGAAGUCAUAGACAUAGACAAUGGUGUAAGCGAGAUGAAAAAAGCAAAAGUUGCAUCUGAAGAUCUUAAUGUCAACAAUGGUGCUGAUGAUGUUGAUGAUGAUGUAGCUAAGGACUAUGUUGUUAUUGAAAUGGAAGAUGUCCCAGUAGCAAAUAGUGAGGAGGUGAAACAAAGUGUACCCCCUGUGUUUGACACAAGUGUGUUUGACAAAAUUAACCCAGUGCUUAACCGUACAUUCGUCCCAAAUCCAGGGUAUGUACCGACGGACCCGAGCAAACAGUUUUCCAUUGCAAGCUACAACAUGUUAGCAGACUGCCACUUAUUCAGGAAUGACUACAGCUUUACUGAGGCCCAAUUCCUCGCCCCUGAAUAUCGUUUGAAGACAGUCAUAGAGGAGCUGAAAUACCUGGACAGCGAUAUUGUUUGCAUGCAGGAGGUUGCACCAGACUACUACAACGGUCAGCUGGCCCCAGCAUUAAAAAGCAUUGGUUAUGAGGGCUUAUUCAAGCAGAGAACAGAUGACUAUUUCGAUGAAGGGGAGGCAACAUUCUACAGAACGUCACGUUUUACACUGGUGGAGCAGUCUCUUCACAGGCUAGCUGAUCUCGUUGAUAAGGUCCUGGUGGAAGGAAUAGACCCUACAAUCCAAGCCGCAGUUUGCAAAUACAUGGACUUGCCAGACGUCUGUGUGAUUGCCAAACUCGAGUGCAAGGCUACAAAACAGAACAUUACAGUGGGGAACGUCCACAUCAACUGGGGAGAAAUGAAAGCGCCAGAUGCUCAAUGCGUGCAGGUUGCAAGUGCAGUAAAGGAGAUUGUAUCAAAGUGUGGGGGUGACAGCUUUCCACACAUAAUCUGUGGCGACUUCAACUCCCCUCCGCUAAGCCCGGGUUACCUCGUGGCGCGUGAUGGGUACCCUAGUGGUGACGAAACUAUAAAUAGACUCAUGCAGAUUGAGGGGCUCGAAAUGCCGGAUGGAAAGAAGGCAUCCCUUGUGAACUCCCUAUGGCCGGCAUUUCAGCACACCUCCUCCUCAUUGAAGAGCGCUUACCUGGAGGCUCAGGGUAGCGAGCCAGAAAUAACAUCAUACAACCGAGUGAUGUGCGAAUGUGUGGAUUACAUCUUCUACAGCUCCGCCAGCCUUGACAACGUUGGCGUCCUGCAGGUGGCGCCACGAGCCUCCAUAGUAGCCACUGGCGGAACUCCGAACAAGUGGUUCCCAUCUGAUCAUGUCUCCAUUAAGGCCACACUUGCUUUUAAGUAAGGUUUAAGAUAGCCGCAAACAAAAUGCCUUACAUGUAUCUUCUUUGCAAUCCAGGUCUAUGAAAGCGUCUCAUUCUUAUAUGUAAGGUUUAAAUUUUAUUUUAACAUGUACGUACAUCUUAAGCGUGACUUCAGGUAUGAAUUUUAUGGGGGUGUAAAUUUUGCGCUGGUGUUAAGUCUGUCAAGUGUACUGUGCACGUUUUGUUGUAAAAAGCAGCAUUUUAUUUCUCUCUCUCUCUUUCUACAUGAUCAUAUAUUUUAAUAGUUAUAACAGUUUUUGUUCCACAUAUAAGAUUGUAUAUGUUUUGAAUGUGUUAAAUUGUGUAUUUCUGUGGGUAAAUUAAACUGCCGAUUUGCCAAGAAUUGAAGAUAUUCUUUUGUUUGAUUUCAGUGCAAGUUGAAAUCAUAAGGUCUCCGCAAAAAAAAAAAUUGUUAAAUUGUGUAAUGCCUUUUGAUGAGAAAAGAAAAUUGUAUUAAUCAUAACAUCAAGGAAGAAUAAUAGCACAAAGUUUUAUUGUGAAUAUAUUGAAUUGUUGUCGAGAAUAAAAUAUAUAUUAUUUACCUUUUUUGUUCCUCAUGUUUCUAUCAUAGUCAGAAAACCUUACAUUAUACGAAUACACACAUUAUCAAUCGUCAGAGAACCUUACAUGAUGUGAAUACACACAUAAGCAAUUGUCAGAGACCCUUACAUUUUGUGAAUACACGCGUUAUCAAUUGUCAGAGACCUUUACAUUAUGUGAAUAGACUGUAUUGUUAUACAUAACAUUUUUUAUGCAUUUCGUUCAAAUAUGGUCCAGUUAUAUUUUUAUGUGAAAAAUUAAUGAAAUUGUUCAUGAUAUUUUAGCUUGAUUAUUUUUUUU